GAAGCAACAGCAACAGCAGCAGCGGAGAUUGAAGAGGAGUUGAAUGUUGAGGAAUACGUUGACGAUGAGGAAAGAGUGGCUGUGAUUGCAUCUCAUCGCCAUGGUGGCGUCGACUAUGGGGGUGCUAUGGACAUAAUGAUGGACGAAGAUGAGGACGAUGAUUUUGUUCCCGCGGGAGGCGAACUGUUGGCUGACGAUGAAAGUGUCUCCAUCUUCCAGCAACGUGGCAAUACUCCUCCCCUCGGCCCCAUUGCUUCGCCCUAUCAACACCCUAAUGCUGCUAACGUUGUAUUCGGUCAUCCCUCAGAAGAAGAUGACGAUGAGGGGAGCCAUUUGUUUUAA